AUGGAGAUGAUGAUCGGAGAAGAUGAACAAAAUAAAGAUAGUGGCGAGCACGACUUCUCAUUUAUUGAUUGUGUUGAGAGCUCUGACCAAUGGUCUGAAUGGAGAAACACGAAUCAUCACGAGGGAUGGAAAUCUGAAAAUGGGUUUAAGAUGGGCUUUCUCAAUGUUCUUGAGCAGGAAUUGGCGAAACAAUUAAAAGGUAGUGAUUUGGGAGGUAUGCCCCAUAUCAACUCGAAAAUCCAUGUUUGGAAGAAAGAUUAUGGUAGUUUAUGUACUAUGCUAUCACGAAGUGGUGUUGGAUGGAAUGAAUCAGACAUGAUGAUUGAAUGUACUGAAGAAGCAUGGGCGGAGUAUGUGAAGGUUGAUGCUAAUGCUCGUCACACGCGUCACAAGUCGUGGCCAUAUUAUUAUGACUGGAUCGAGAUAUUUGGAAAGGACAGGGCGACAGGAAAUCAAGCUGAAGACCUUUUUGGUGCUGCUUGCAAUGUCAAUUUAUCCUGCCAUGCUCGGUCAUCAUCUCAACCUCUGGAUAUGGAUAUGAACGAUGUCAACAUUGAAAUGGAAGAAGAGGUUAACGAGACAAUGUUGGAAAGCACCCAACCAUGUUCUACGGGGACGAAAAAAAGCGUCGGGCGUAAACGAAAGUCAGGUCAAAGUGUUGAUCCUCUUUGUGAAAUUAUGAAAAAAUAUGUUGAAAACUCAAGUGCUCGUUUGGAGGAAAUUGCGAAAAGGACAGGAUAUGACUAUGAUGUUUCAACUGCUCGUAAGGAUGUUUUUUCUGCUGUGAAUGAAAUUGAAGGUUUAAACCUAAAAGAGACGUUGCUAGUCUCCAAAAUUCUCGUAAAAAGUACAGACGAGUUGGAUUUGUUCUUUAGCCUUGACCCUGUUGCCCGAGCUGAAUACGUGCGAAUGAAGCUGGCUGGAAAUAUAUAG